AUGGACGGAUACGACCACUUGUUCAAGCUCCUGCUCAUCGGAGACGCCGGCGUCGGCAAGAGCAGCAUGCUGCUGCGGUUCACCGAUGACACCUUCGACGACAACCUGCAGAGCACUAUCGGUGUCGACUUCAAGGUGAAGAUGAUGCAGGUGGACGGCAAGAAGAUUAAGAUGACUAUUUGGGACACCGCCGGCCAGGAGCGCUUCCGCACGCUCACGAGUUCGUAUUAUAGAGGCGCGCAGGGCAUCGUUCUGGUGUAUGACGUUGCUCGGCGAGACACGUUUGAGAACCUGGACCUGUGGCUGCAGGAGGUCGAGGUGUACAGCCCGGCGGGCGGACGCGACGUAGUGAAGCUGCUCGUGGGAAACAAGAUUGACAAGGAACGAGUGGUGAGCCGCCGGGAGGCAGAGGACUGGGCGCGGUCGAAAGGCAUGCUGUUUGUCGAGAGUAGCGCAAAGACCAAGAUCGGCAUCCAGCAAGUGUUCAACGAAGUAGUGCAGAAGAUUCUGGAAAACCCCGCGCUCCUGUCCAACACGGCACCACGCAGUCGCGGCCGGAAGCUCGACGGCAAGGCGGAGAAGAGCGGCGGCGGCAGCGGCUGCUGUUAG